AUGUCAGGCCUUGAGAUCAUGGAUUUCGCCGACAACAAUGCUUGGAAGUCUGUCCCGGAAAUUGAGGGUACCCUUAAGGUCCUCGUAGGGAACCAUCUUGAGGUCCUCAGCAAUGGAUUGUACAGGAGUGUUUUCCACAGGGUCACUCCAAGCGAUCAAAUUAGUAGGGUUUCUAAGGCAGCUUUCUUAGCCUUCCCAUGGAAGAGAUGGUGGAGCCUGUCAUGGAGCUUGUUGAUGAAGAGCACCCCAAAGCAUACAGAGCAAGUAGCUUAG